GCGUGGUAGUGCUGGCUUCACUUGUGAAAGAGUGAGAGUCCAGAGGCGGGAAACGACAACUAGAAUAAUGGUUCCACCGGUGCGAACAAUGAUGGCCCUCUGCGCGCCAGCGGCCCUGGUCGCGUUCGUUGUGCGGCCCAACCCCGGCUCCUCCGUGAUCCGAGCACCGGCAUCGGUGCCAGCAGCCGCCACUUCGAACACCCAGAAGCAGCGAGUCGGUCCGCUGUUCGCGAAGCCCCUCUCCUACGAAGUGACGCACAAGCCGGCGGCCAAUAGCUCCAUCAUCCUUAGCCUCGAUAUGCCGGGAGAGACGACACAGCUCUGCUACGACAAGGCUAUCCGAGCCCUGUCCAAGGAGGCCGGCAACUCCAUCCCCGGUUUCGGCAACAAGGGUAACAAGGGCAACAUCAAACACCCCCCCGAGGUGAUCGAGAGACACUUCGGUAUGGAGGAGGUCAAGGGCCAGUCGCUCAAGGUUAUCUCCGAGGUUGUUGUCAACGAGGCGAUCAACAACUUGGACGUGAAGGCUAUCGGCAGCGCCGAGCUCGUCCAGGACAUCUCGGUAGUCACGCAGCUGUUCACCCCGGGGGCACCGAUGAUGCUCGAGGUCAAGAUGGACGUGUGGCCGGAGGUAAACAUCGUAAAGGAAUACACUGGGUUCGAGCUGGAGGUCGAGGAGCCGCCGAUCGACGAGCCACGCGUGGCGGCUGCAUGGAAGGGUCUCCAAGAGCGUAACGUGGUGUUGGAGGACACGGAAGAAGGCUACGCCGCACAGCUCGGCGACUCGGUGAUCGCGAACAUGAUGCCCUUCCGGGAGAACGCGGACGGGUCGAAGGGGGAACAGCUGCCCAACAUCGCUUCCGGGGAGGGUGUUGACAUCGUCCUCGAGUCUGGCAGGUACAUGCCCGGUCUGGCGGAGGGCAUGGAAGGAGUGAAGGCGGGGGAGACCAGGGAGAUCAGGAUCACGUUCCCGGACAAGCUGGGACCCCAGGGGGGCGACCUCGAGGGGACUAAGGCCGUCUUCGAGGUGGAAGCCGUCGAGAUCAAGAAACGUAACGUGCCAGAGGUGAACGAGGACUUCGCGCAAAGCAUCCGCGAGGGCCUGACUCUGGAAGAACUGACGAGGGAGGUGGAAAAGGCGGUCAUGGAGGAGACCGGGACAUCCAAGAAGGACACGCGAAACAAGGCCUACGAAGAAGCUCUCCUAGAGACGUGCUCGAUUACCAUCCCGGAGACGUUGAUCGUGGAGCAGGCCCGCGAGAAGUUCGCCAUCAUGAUGACUGAGUUUAAGGACCAGGGGGAGUCGGACGCUAAGAUCCAGAGCAUGAUCACGAAGGAGAACUUCGCCAAGUACGUGGAGGUGGUGAGGAAAAACGUCACCCGAGGCUUGACCCUGAGCCUCAUGUUCACCCACAUCGCCGAGAAGGAGGGCCUUUCGUACGAGAAGAGCGAAGUGGACGACCAGAUGGACCUUCUCAGAGCCCAGGCCAAGGGCCAGGAGUUCGAUGAGGCCAAGGCUCGGGACAAGAUCGAGGCACAGCUAGAGCGAGAAAUGGUGUUGGACUGGAUCGACGACCGAUCAAAGAUAACGUGGUUGCCGGCGAAGCCCGUGGAGAAGGUUGACCUCGAGGAGCUCGGAGUAGUAAAUUCGCCAUAAAAGCAGCAACAGCGUGGUAUCGAAGCCCCUUCCUCCGAAGCAAAAGCGGGGUUCGAAACAGCAGUAGCAGAUAGCCCAUGUGCUUCCCUUGCUUUCGGUAGAAGUAUGUGGCCGUAGCAGCUUUACCUGAGUUUAGCAAGAAAUAAGCCUGACCGUGUGCUCUAGAGGUUAGAGGAAGCAGGGCAUUCGCCGGCGUUGGGAAAAAUUCACGUUUGUGAAGCAUCGCGCAGCCACGUGGCUGCUGCCACUCGAGAGAGCACAAGAGACAAAGGCCAGAGGGACGGAUAACGGUGCGGUUAUUACGCGGACUCCCGUGCGCAGGUAACCCAGUGUACUAGAUUUGGAACCCGCUUCUGUCCUUGUUUUUUCUGAUGAACGGCGGUUGUUAGCAUUGUUGGUCAAGCAGACCCUCGGUUAUCACCCGGACGUAAGGAUUCGAACGGCAAAACGAGAAUGAGCCUCUUUGUCGUUUACCUGCUGUAGUAGUUCCUUGUCCAGCGGAAGUUUUUGCAGCUUAGUGUUGGUUUGGACAAUCGCGGCCGUAGAGUCUGCUGUUCUCCUCUUCCCCGUGUACUAUUUUCGGCUUUCAACAUGUCCAGGUGUACGGUGCCGGAGUCGAAUAUUCAGACAAGUCGGUCAGCUUUCAAUACAUCCCUAGGCUUUCGGCCAAUAAAUAGCUUAGACUGCUUGGCUAUCUUGCUUAUUUCACUGGCAAGAUAGUGAUGCCGGCGGCGUGCGACGGAAAACUUGUGUAUAGUUGGACGAGGCUGUCGAGAGGCGAAGUGCGAUGGAUGAUCUACUUUGCCCAGGGCCCGCUCUGCGGUUGAGGUAGACGCGUGAUAGAGACAUGGACAAGAGAGGAGACGCGCAGGUUCACGCGUGCCGCUGUGAUUGGGUAGAGGCGUGAUGGAGAAAUUUCGGUUCUGGGGGUGCCGCAGACAUUACCCGAUUGGGCUUUAGAGCGAGCAAAGGCACGUUGUGGGGCAGAUAUAAUUGUAAUCGGUUCAAUUUUGUUCGUGGGGGUUUUGGUGUCUGUACUGAUGUUGGCGGCAGAGGAAGGGCAUGGUUGGCCCGCGUUAAUCAAACCGGUCUCUGCCAAGCUUUAGAUCCGUCCACGCUUCCGUACCACCACACCGUUGAUGGUUUGUUGGGAUAUGGAUAAUUUUGUACCUCUCUCUGUACUUUUCUUUUCACUGAACAGC